AUGACGAUCAAGGAUGUGACAACAAGCAAGUAUGACGCGAUGGCAACAUCGUUGGAGAGCCUGAAGGAAGUUACUGUGAGAGCAGCCGAGGCCUCGAAGGGCUCAAUUGGGGCAAUCGAAGCCAUGGGCGACCAGAUAAAAGCUUUCAUUGAAGAGAUGGGCAAGAGUGUGGCUGAAAACAUAUGCGGAGCCCUAGCGGCGACGAUGCAGGAGGUGCUAACCCAAGUUCUGAGGAACCGGGAGUCACUGGCGAGCACGACCAUGAUGGUGGCGCCGGCAGCAGCAGCCGCGGCGGGGAUGGCACUGGCAGCAGCAGCCGCGGCGGGGGCGCGCCGGGAGGAGGAGACGGCGGAGGAUAAACUGUCGGCCGGCGAGGAUAAGGGUGGAGCGGCGCGGGCCGUGGCCGCGACGACCGGUGCACCAGGAAGUUCGGCCGUGCCGCGCAGCCACGCCGGGAAGCAGGGGACUUUGGGCGCGAGGAGCGCACCCGCGCCAGCAUUCAGCGGAGCGGGUUUGCUGCCGACACCGACGAACCCGGCCCAUGACAAGGCCCGGGGGAAGCAGAAGAUGGUGGGGUACGAAGGAGAGCCGUGGCCGACUGAGCUAGACAGAGAAGAACCAUGGCCGAUCGGGCCAGAGGAGGAGGAUGAGCCGAGCUUUGGGGAUCCUGAGGGCUGGGUGGACCCGAGCCCAGAGGAGGCGAGAUGGGGAUGGGUCAUGGGCUCGAAGCCGGGCCGAACCAGACCGGUUACUGGAUGGCCAACCGGUCGAACUAGAACCGGUCGGACCGAACUGGUCCGGGUCAUCCACAGGCGGGCAACAGCUGGAACGGGCCGAGCAGGGGUCCCGGCAGGGGCCAGGAGCAUGGGUACCCCCCGUGGAGUACACCGCAAGCAGUGGGAGGACGAGGUCGAGGUUGUCGGGACAUUGGUCAAGGGUCGGGGACCAAGCCUGAGUAAAGCGGGAACCACCAGGAGGUGA